UUUGCCUUUUUGGAAGUUGGAACCUUCCGAAAAUUUUCAGUUUAUUUGUUCAAAGGUCGACAUGAAUUGCAGGUUUUCAUUUCUCUUGCUUCUGUUCUUCCGAGCCAACUGCUGAGAAAUCAGAUCGAGUUUCUACUCGUAGUUCUCAUAUCAUCUUGGAAGGAAGCAAGGGAGAAAAGAUGAAUACUGCUUUUCGGCUUGGAGGAGGUAUUCUUAUCCUUCUUAUUCUAAAGAAACUCUUCGACAAAAGAACUACCGAUGCUUCUGCAGGGGGAAACAAGGACGCAGCAUCAUCAUCUGCCAGUGCCACACAAGAGUGCGAUUCCUCUUCUUCUGGGCGGGAUUACGAGGUGUUCUUGAGCUUCCGAGGUGAGGACACCCGCACUAACUUCACCGACCACCUCUACAACGCCCUUCUCGAGAAAGGAAUCCAUACUUUCAGGGAUAACGAAGAACUACGAAUCGGAGAAAAGAUCGAUCAAGGGCUUUGCUCUGCGAUCCACAAGUCCAAAAUCGCGAUUAUCAUCUUCUCAAAAGGAUAUGCUUUCAGCAAAUGGUGCCUCUUUGAACUUGCCGAGAUUGUGGAGUCCAUGGAAAGCCAAUUAAAAGUGAUGCCCGUUUUCUACCAUGUAGAUCCAUCGGAUGUCCGAAACCAGACUGGUUGCUAUCAGAAUGCUUUUCGAGAGCACGAGAAGAAUUUCGACCUGGAGACUGUAGAGAAGUGGAAGAAGGCUUUGAAAGAGGUUGGUGGAUUGAAAGGAUGGGAUACGGAGAAUACUGCUGAUGGGACCUAUUCCAGAGCCGAUUGCCGAUUCAAGAGCUGAUUCCAUUUUCAGUACAAAAUUACUUAGAACCGGAUGAAUCGGAUCGAUUCAAGCUGAUUCUGAUCCAAUUUGAAUCAGCCAUCCCCAGUUCUGAUUUUUUUUUUUAUAAUACCAUGGCAGUGGGUCAAUCUCCAUUCAUUCCGAUUGAAAUCAGUCGGAUCAAAGAAAAAGGGAAUUGGGCAAAAAAAAAAAAAUGUUUUGAGUAUUUGUAUUAAGAAACUGACUUGAGUUUUUCAAGGAGAUUACACCAAAAAGUUGGAUUUUCUA